AGAUUGUUUUUAUAAUUACAAUUUACAUUAUUUUGUGAGGAUUUCUGGUUUCAUCUACGCAUAUUUCCACCUUGACACUAAUCUUAGUCCUAACAGUUUUACAGAGAACCAUGUUAUUACUUAUUAUGUCGCAUAUUGAUAAGCCGUUAAUAAAGGUGAUGAGUGUUUUAUAGUUACAUAUUUUUCAGUUUUUCGUAAUACCACUGUACCGGCAAAAUGUAUUGUCUGCAGUGGUUGAUACCUGUACUCUUGAUACCAAAGCCUGUUAAUCCGGCUCUAGUGAACACACACGUUAUGUUUAUGGUGCUUUAUCUAAUCGGAUUUUUUCUCGAACGGAAACCUUGUACGGUCUGCAGUGUAGUUUUCAUGGCCGCCGUAGUACUCAUUUGUUAUAGUGGUAUAGGAAACUGUCUGUUUUGGGGCAACCAGUGCGAAGUAGAAAAAUAUGAUACCUAACAAGGACUGGAGUGAUGCGGUAUCUGAGGUGCAUAUUUAAGUAUUAUUGUCACUUAAGACAUGUCCACACAGCCAAAACAUUCUCGCAAAAGACAAUUUAUGGAAUGCCAUACAAUAUUGUAAAUGUAUAUACAUUUAUGUAAAUAGAACAGUUUAAGUUUGUUUUGUAUUGUCAUUAAAAUCCCAAAGGAGGAUAUGAUUUGUUAUAUUGUACUUAUUUACCAAGUUAUGUUUUUAUUAUACAAUUAGUAGAUAGUAACUAUAUACAUUAUGUGAAAUGUAAUCAAAAAUUUGUAAUAGAACAAUUUUAGCACAAUCAAAAACCAAAAGUAGGUGGAUGCUAUAUUAAUAUGAUAUAACUAUCAUCUUUAAUAGAAUAUUAAAAAUAUAUUAGACCAGCACAACAAUAAAGGUAAUAUGUAAUAGCA